AUGGCAGGCCCGACACUUUUACCGGUUCGUCUUCAACCGUCAAAUAUUCGUCCAAUUGCAUACCGUAUCAUAUCAAAAAAGCAUGGUCUCAAUAUUCAGUCAGACGCACUUGUGGUUUUAACGGAAACUAUCAGUCAACGCUUUGGUGCUGCGUGGAGAGACGCUAAGUCCCAACAGUUUCUAGAGGAUGUAGCAAAAGCUUGGAAGCAACAAGACCGUGGCCUAUUUGUUGAUGGGCCCGGCCUCACACAGGUUAUAAAAGAGCUCACCAAAGACUCAAGUAACCGCAAUGGGACUCUUGAUAGCGUAAAGGCAACUCGAAACGACACAAUUGAAGAUGAUUUACCUGAUGUAACAUUAGCUAGCAAAGAGGAACUAGAUUGGAGUGACUUUUUUCUGUUUGUUUCACCUGAUGUACAGCCCAAGUUUGUGUUCGACAAACUACGAAAACAGUUUUCAGCCCGUGAUGCCACAGGACGCAAGCUACACGCGUCCAUGCAAGCCAACAUUGACUUUUACAAUCAGAGGUAUCACCUUAUCAUGGAUAGAGUGUCUCGCGAUGACAAUUUCAAAAAAAAUUCCCUCUCAAGUAUUGCAGCCUUAAGCACGAACAUGAACGGUUCAUUCUCGAACUAUGAGAUAACUCUUAUAAAAAAUGUGUUGGGAAGAGAUGGUGGCAGAUUUAUAUUGAUGGGUUUGCUAUCAACAAAUGCAAAUGGAGACUUUAUUCUUGAGGACUGCUCUGACUUCAUUGAGCUAAAUAUUACCAAAGCACACAAGGCAGAAGGGUCGUUUUACGCGCCCGGAAUGUUUUUAAUAGUGGAAGGUAUCUACUCGGCCUCUGGUGGUUCCAUGAAAAAUGAUGCUUCCGUUAUAAGCGGCUGCUUCUAUGUUUCAAACAUUGGCCACCCUCCAGCAGAGAGGAGAGACCAAAGCUUGGACGCGUACGGCCACUUGGAUUUCAUGGGAAUGCACAAGGAUUCUAAUUCGAAAGCUUCUGGAUUAGUAAAGAUUGACAAAUCGUUACAAAAAAAACUUUCGGCUCUCGAGAAGACGCUAGUGGGUCACAAACUAAUUAUAUUAGGUGCCAAUGUGCAUCUUGAUGACCCGAAGAUACAAUUUGGUCUAGACAAGUUUCUCGCUAGACUUGAGGGCCGUUUCGAAGAAGAACAAGAUGCCAAUGAAUCCAUUGCCCAUACAGUUUUAGUCUUGAGUGGGUCAUUUGUGUCCAAACCCUUAUGUGCCACACAGAGAUCCGCAUCUCAGUCGUCAACUUCUGAGGAUUACAAAAGCAAUUUUGACACAUUUGCUGCUACGCUAUCAAAAUACCCACUAAUAGUAAAACAUUGCAAACUUCUUCUUAUUCCAGGGGUGAAUGAUCCAUCACAGUCCACGUUUUCUUUAGGAAAGUCAAGCUCAUCACUUUUACCUCAAGCCCCAAUUCCCAAAGUUUUUCUUACAAGAUUGGAAAGACUUUUACCCAAGGGUCAUUUGAUAUCUGGAUGGAACCCCAUGAGGAUCAACUACAUUUCUCAGGAGAUAGUAUUCUUUCGUGACGAUUUGAUGAACAAAUUCAAAAGAAAUGACAUCAUUUUCGAGCAUGAUCUCGAAAUUGGGGAACUCGAAUUAGAAUUGCAAUCUAAGGGUGAAGAUAAAAAAGUCGAAAAUAUUGUUAGCGAAGAGGUUCAUUUACCUCCCAAAACAAAACAGGCGCGUAAGCUCGUGAAAACAUUACUUGAUCAAGGAACUAUUCAACCUUUCCUAAAGAAUCUUAGGGUCACCGACCCCAAUUUUCAACACGUUACCAGGAUUGAACCGUUACCUACAACAAUCGCUCUUUUUGAUGCUAACUUCGAGAGCUUCGAAGUCACUUACAAUGGCUGCAAGGUGUCAAAUCUUGGAAAUUUGAUCAGCAAUCAAAACUCUAAAAAGUUUAAUUAUGCGGAAUACUGUCCAAGCUCCAAGAAGUACACCUAUAAAGAACUAUACUUCUAG